UUCCUAUCAUGCUUGCCUCUCCUGGUUAUCAUUCCCCUCAAAUUGUCAGAAAAGAAUUGAUUCCUCUUGCUGAAAAGUUCCUCACAGGUUCCUCUGCCGAUUCCCCCGUCGAAGAAUUCAUCUCAUAUGUUAUCAAUCAAAAGUCUCCAACUUGCCGUAAAAGCAAUAUAGGCAUUUGGCGAAAAGAUGCCAUUAAGGCAUUACGCCUUAUUAAUGGAAGAAAAAUGGUUAAAACUCACAUUGAAGGCGAAAGUAGUAUUCCUGAUAAAAACGAAAACUAUCACGACGAACCACCACAGAAAAGAAUGAAAAUAUCAAUGGCUCGUACAUUUUAUCCAUUUUCACAGCAGGAUUAA